UACAGAAGUGAGCAUGUCCACCAUGUCCCCCAUCCUUAGGCCUAUUUGCAUUCUUGGAGAGCUCUGGUGGACGUCACGCUCAAGACACCUGAAAUCUCAAUUUCCCUCUUUGCUCUUCAAGACGGAUAAGACCCGAAGCAUCCGGGACAGGAGGACGCCUCACCCAGCGCUGCAAUAAAGCCGCACCGGCGCCCGGGUGGUCACACCAGGACUGGGGUGACCACGGUACACGGCUCCCUCAGGGCGUGCGAACAGGACCGCAGACUUGCACGCCUGGAUUCUAGCCGCGGGCGGGGAAAGCAGAGGAACAGAAGUGCGUUACACCCAGGAAUUACUAAAAGCAGUCACUCCCGGAACGGACCGAGCGGAGCCGGUGUGGAUCCCUGAACGACUAACGAGAAAAGUCUCGAAGACAACUGACCAACAACGGGGGACCCUACAGGAGUCCAAUGAUGAGACCCUUCAUUCUGCUGAGUAUCCUGGCCCUAUCACAGAUGAUAAUGGUCCAGAUGUUACCGAUGCAGUGGUGGGCGGUAGCUCGGACAUGGCCGAUGCCGAUGCUGGUCCAUAAAAAUUCUAGUGUCCUCCCCACUCUUUUUUCUAUUUCAUGUGAGAUGUCUGCCCCUUGUGUCUCCCCUAGAGGAGACAGGGAACGGGUUUUCAACCUUUCUCGUGUUAAUCUCACGGGAGUUUUCUGCUUCAGUUUCUUGAGAACCCGUUGUAUUCGCUUACAGCGCAACAAUUUGACCAAUUGGGAGGACCCCUUACAGAACAGUAGGGUCUCACUGGGAACCUUGUCUGUGGUGCUUAACCGAGUGAGUAAUGGGGAAAAGGAGGGCUCAGGAGAGACUACAAAUUCGACCGAAAUGAAUAUCACCACUUUGGCUAUAAUUUCCCAGGUGUCACUCCCGGUGGCUUUUCCUAACGCUAGUAAUGCCACUUAUUUUAAGGCCUCUCCUUAUUGUACCCCGUACUAUUCUUUCCCCCCGACAUUCAUGCCUUGUCAAGAUCAUUCUUGGGAGAAGCACCAAGUUGCUGUGGGUUUCUCUCUUUCCCCUUCUCUUAAAAGGUAUUUGUAUAAUUCUUCCAAGGCUAAUUCCACUACAGGAACAGGCUGGUCUUGGUUUCAAUGGUUGAUUUCCAAUGAAAAGGGGGCCACAGCCGAUGUCUCUGCUCUGGCUCAAUUGAGAGGAGUCCAGAGCUGGCUGUUUAAUGUGUCUGGCUCUGUACAGGACACUGCUAAUGGUAGGAGGCUUAAAAACAUUUCAUACAAUUCUCAGGUGUCCAAUGCCACACUGCCCUCUGCAGCAGUCUGCCUUCAUUCUCCGUUUCUGUUCCUUUUGACCAAUGAUACCAAUACUACAGGAUCAGAAAUGAUUGACUGUUCUAAUUGUACAUAUGUCUUAUCUGAGUGUUGGAAUGGAUCUUGGAGCACGGCAGUUGUUAUGAAGGUCCCGACUUUCGUCCCGAUUCCGGUUACUGCAGAUCCGGACUCCUUCCCUAUUGUUGAGGUGCUCAGGAGCCGUAGGGAUUUUGGAAUCACGGCAGCUAUUGUAACAGCGGUUGCAGUGUCUGCUGCUGCAGCGGUCACUGCUGGAGUGGCCAUGGCUAAUCAAGUGCAGACUGCGGCCACGGUUAAUCAGGUCAUCCAACAAACUUCCAACAUUUUAGAGUCUCAAAGUAAAAUCAAUCAACAUAUUUUAUCAGGAAUUUUGGCCGUUAAUCAAAGGGUGGAUCUCCUCCAAGCUCAGAUUGAGGAAUUGUCAGACCUAGUACAUUUGGGUUGUGUUGAUCAUCAUGCACAUCUAUGUAUAACAUCUCUCAGAUUUAAUGAUUCCAGGAAUACCUCUCAAAUUAUUGGACAGUACCUGGCCGGAAACUGGUCCAUGGAAGCAGAGAAGUUGAUCCAGACCCAACUGACACAAAUUGCCAUGUUGAACAACACUCGUGUGGACCCUGUGACAUUGGGCCAAUUUACGAAUUGGUUGUCUUCUGCUUUUUCUUUCUUUAAGGAAUGGGUGGGAGUAGGCAUUUUUGGAGCGAUGUGUUGUUUUGGGGUUGUCCUUUGUCUGUGGCUUUUCUGUCGCCUAGGAGCUCGCCAUAGCCAAGAAAAGGCUAUGAUCGUCCAGGCUUUUGCAGCCCUAGAGAAUGGUAUCUCUCCACAAGUUUGGCUUGCGCAACUUAAGCAAUGAUUUCCUGGGUUUUGGCCAUUGCACCCCAAGUUAUCUUUGACAUUGCACUGGGAUUGGCAUGCCCUCCUCUUCCUGCUUUCCCAGUUAUGAAAGGCCAUGCACUCUGCAGGCCUUGUUGCCAUUGCACGCAGGUGGGCUUCCAUGCUGGCACUGCACUUUAUGCUUUGGACCCUUCGUUUUCUCAGGGGCUGAGAGAUGGUGUUGCCACUUCCAACCUCAUAGUCACGGAUCGGCUACUUGUAAAAUCCCCUUUCCUUUUCGUCGUCAUCACGAUGCAGGAUGUGAGGCAAGGCACUGCACUUGAGUGAUCCGGUCUCCGGACCUCAAGGGAAGCAUGUCCUAUUGCAUACGGGUUUGACGUCCAAGCCCUGUCCCACGAAAAAAGGCGUCGGCUGAUAUGGUGUCAGAUCUAGGGAAGGCGCCUCCUUCGGACUGAGCCAUACAUUGCAGCCAUGUUUGCACAGUGGGAUAGGACCUCUACUUUCGCCUGCAUUGUUUUUUAAGAAAUAAGGGGGAACUGUGGUGAGCCGUGUUUAUAGACCGCUGCUGCCAUUAGAAGAUGGCGCCGGUCUCCGUUGUGGAUCUUGGUAAACAACUCCUUAUUUGGGAGAGUUGGCGUGCUGUCCCUCAGUACCCAAUGAGAAAACCCUGCGUGGCAGCUUUGGAUUGGACUUGAGUAAGCUUUAUUAGGCUGUGUGGGGGUGCGUGAGGGAGAGAGAGCGCUUGAGAGAAACCUAGAGUUAAGGCCUGAAUAAACCGCUGAAAGAAGAA